UUAUAAAAAUAUUUUUAUAAAAUGCCAAAAAUUGUUUAUUUAUUUAAUUUUUUUAUAGAAGUUGUUAAACAAAAUUGUUUAUAAAAUGAAAUUUGCAGAGCACCUUUCCGCCCAUAUCACUCCGGAAUGGAGAAAGCAAUACAUUAACUACGAGGAAAUGAAGUCUCUGAUUUAUGCCGCCGUCGAACAAAUCCCAUGCGAUGAUGUGGAUCCUGACCAUUUGUCGAGAUACUUUGCGAAAUUCGACGAGCAAUUUUUCCACUACUGCGACAAGGAGCUAGCGAAAAUUAACACCUUCUAUUCAGAGAAGCUCGCGGAGGCGACACGAAAAUCAGCCAAUUUGAAAAGCGAACUCUCCGAAGUGACCAACGAUCCCAAUUCGUUUCCGAAGAAGGGCAUUCUUAAAAACCGAAAUGUAUCGGCCCGAAAAAUUCAAGAUCUUAAAUUGGCGUUUAGCGAAUUUUACCUGAGCCUAAUCCUUUUGCAGAAUUAUCAAAAUUUGAACUUCACAGGAUUUCGAAAGAUUCUAAAAAAGCACGAUAAGCUUUUGUCGGUCGAUUUUGGCGCAAAGUGGCGAAUUACUCACGUGGAGAAUUGCCACUUUUACACAAAUAAAUAUAUCGAUAAAAUCAUAGCCGAAACCGAAGCGACUUUUACAAAUGAACUGGAGGGGGGCGAUCGACAACGGGCGAUGAAACGAUUGAGAGUACCCCCUUUAGGGGAACAGCAAAGUCCAUGGAUUACGUUUAAAGUUGGAUUAUUUUCGGGAGCAUUUAUAAUUUUGUUAGCAUCCAUUAUGUUGUCAGUUUUAUUUCACUACGAAGGCAAAGACGAUUGGCGAAUUGCCUGUCGACUUUAUAGAGGAACGUUCUUGCUAAUCGAGUUUAUGUUUCUAUGGGGCGUUAACAUAUACGGAUGGAGAUCGUCGGGCGUUAAUCAUGUACUAAUUUUUGAACUGGACCCCCGCAAUCACCUCUCGGAACAGCACGUUAUUGAACUCGCUGCUGUGUUUGGAGUUAUAUGGUCCCUAUCCGUCUUGUGCUUUCUGUACAGCUCUCAACUCAACAUUCCCCAGUACAUUAAUCCCCUAAUACUCCUGCUGUUAAUGGUCGCUUACUUUUUAAAUCCGACCAAGACAUUUCGUUACGAGGCACGAUUUUGGGCCCUUCGGGUUGUGGGGAGGGUGCUGCUAGCGCCCAUGUUUUACGUGGGCUUCGCCGACUUCUGGAUGGCCGACCAACUCAACAGCCUUGUCACCGCAUUUACCGAUCUCCAGUACUUUAUUUGUUUUUAUGCGACCACCGAUAGCUGGUCGUCGGCAUCGAAUGCUAAUUAUUGCGUAGAGAAAUUUAUACCGAUUCGAGCUGUUGUCGCUUGCCUUCCUGCAUGGUUUAGAUUCGCACAGUGUUUGCGGCGAUAUCGGGACACGAAGGAAGUAUUUCCUCAUUUUGCUAAUGCUGCCAAGUAUUCGACUUCAUUUUUUGUUGUAAUAUUCACGUCUCUUUAUCACAUGCACUCGACAGAUUAUAAGUCUGCGACGGAAAAUCCGUUUUUGUAUUUUUGGAUUACCGCCUCCUUAAUCAGCUCGUGUUAUGCCUACACGUGGGAUAUCAAAUUGGAUUGGGGGCUGUUCGACUCGAAGGCUGGCGAUAACAAAUUUCUAAGGGAAGAAGUGGUAUACUCGUCAAAUUGGUUUUACUAUUUUGCGAUUGUGGAAGAUUUAAUCCUACGCUUCGGCUGGGUGCUAUCCAUCUCUCUUAUUGAAAUGAGUUACAUACAUGCGGAUAUUAUGGUUACUAUUCUGGCACCGCUCGAAGUGUUUCGGAGAUUUAUAUGGAACUACUUCCGCUUAGAGAACGAGCAUCUCAAUAAUUGUGGAAAGUUUCGUGCGGUACGCGACAUAUCGGUGGCUCCAAUAGAUUGUUCCGACCAAAUUAUUAUUUUACGGAUGAUGGACGAGGUUGAUGGAGUAACAAACAGGCACAAAAAGCGAUGCGUUAAAACAAAAAAGAAUCCCAGACUAACGUUAGACGGAGAAUCGACUGAUGAUAACAUGGAUAAUUGAGAAAUUGGCAUUUACUUAAUUAUGUUAAAAAAAUUAUAUUGAUUUUUUACAUAUAUGUAAAUAAAUGAUAUACUUUUCCUGCCUUUCA